AUGAAGAGAGAAAGGGGAGCCCUGUUCAGAGGCUCCAGCGCCCCAAGCCUCACUCCUUUCGUCUGCCUCCUCCUGAUCCAGACAGGCUCGCUGGAAGGGGUGAAUAUCACAAGCCCAGUACGUCUGAUCCAUGGCACUGUGGGGAAGUCAGCUCUGCUUUCUGUGCAGUACAGUAGUACCAGCAGUGACAAACCAGUAGUUAAGUGGCAGCUGAAGAGGGACAAACCAGUGACAGUGGUACAAUCCAUUGGCACUGAAGUCAUUGGCACCCUGAGGCCUGACUACCGUGACCGAAUCCGACUCUUUGAGAAUGGUUCCCUUCUUCUCAGUGAUCUUCAGACAUCUGAUGAAGGUACCUAUGAGGUAGAGAUUUCCAUCACUGAUGAUACUUUCACUGGAGAAAAGACCAUCAAUCUCACUGUGGAUGUUCCCAUCUCAAAGCCACAGGUAGUGGUGGCUUCAUCUACUGUCCUAGAGCUCAGUGAGGCCUUCACAUUGAACUGUUCCCAUGAAAAUGGUACCAAAGCCAACUAUACUUGGCUGAAGGAUGGCAAGCCACUCAGCAAUGACUCAAGGAUGCUCCUGUCUCCUGACCAAAAGGUGCUCACCAUUACCCGAGUGCUUAUGGCAGAUGAUGACAUCUAUAGCUGCUUGGUGGAGAACCCCAUUAGCCAAGGCCGAAGUGUCCCCAUCAAGCUUACUGUGUAUCGGAGAAGCUCCCUCUAUAUCAUCCUGACUACAGGAGGCAUCUUCCUCCUUGUGACUUUGGUGACAGUCUGCGCAUGUUGGAAACCCUCCAAAAAAUCCGGAAAGAAGAGGAAGCUGGAAAAGCAGGGCUCUCUAGAGUAUGAGGAUCAGAAUGAUGAUCACGUGAAAUCUGAAGUGGAAACCCUGCCCCGAAGUGGAGAACAUGAGCGGAAGAACCCAGUGGCCCUGUACAUCUUGAAGGACAAGGACCCACCGGAAGGGGAGGAGAGCUCCGCCCAGGACCCUCGGAGCACCACAGAGCCCGGCCCGCCCGGUUACACUAUCUCCUCCGCUGCUCCAGGCCGCUCUCCUGGGCUGCCCAUUCGCUCAGCCCGCCGCUAUCCGCGCUCUCCUGCCCGCUCUCCGGCCACCAGCCGGACGCACACGUCCCCCAGUCGGUCCCCGAGCUCCCCCGGCCGCUCCCGCAGUUCCACACGCACCCUCCGGACUGCAGGCGUGCAUAUGAUUCGGGAGCAAGAGGAAGCCGGCGCCGUGGAGAUCAGUGCCUGA